AUGACCACCACCAUCCGCCAGUUCACCUCCUCCAGCUCCAUCAAGGGCUCCUCUGGCCUGGGGGGCGGCUCGUCCCGCACCUCCUGCCGGCUGUCUGGCAGCCUGGGCCCUGGCUCCUGCAGGCUGGGGUCUGCGGGGGGCCUGGGCAGUGCCCUCGGGGGCAGCAGCUAUUCGAGCUGCUACAGCUUUGGCUCUGGCAGUGGUUACGGCGGCAGCUUUGGGGCCGUGGACGGGCUGCUGGCGGGUGGGGAGAAGGCCACCAUGCAGAACCUCAACGACCGGCUGGCCUCCUACCUGGACAAGGUGCGCGCCCUGGAGGAGGCCAACACUGAGCUGGAGGUGAAGAUCCGGGACUGGUACCAGAAGCAGGCCCCGGGGCCCGCCCGUGACUACAGCCACUACUACCAGACCAUCGAGGACCUGAAGAACAAGAUCCUCACGGCCACCGUGGACAAUGCCAACAUCCUGCUGCAGAUUGACAACGCCCGCCUGGCAGCUGAUGACUUCCGCACCAAGUUUGAGACGGAGCAGGCCCUGCGGGUGAGUGUGGAGGCCGACACCAAUGGCCUGCGCAGGGUGUUGGACGAGCUGACCCUGGCCAGGGCCGACCUGGAGAUGCAGAUCGAAAACCUCAAGGAGGAGCUGGCCUACCUGCGGAAGAACCACGAGGAGGAGAUGAACGCCCUGCGAGGCCAGGUGGGUGGUGAGAUCAACGUGGAGAUGGACGCCGCCCCUGGCGUGGACCUGAGCCGCAUCCUGUCUGAGAUGCGCGACCAGUACGAGAAGAUGGCGGAGAAGAACCGCAAGGACGCCGAGGACUGGUUCUUCAGCAAGACCGAGGAGCUGAACCGCGAGGUGGCCACCAACAGCGAGCUGGUGCAGAGCGGCAAGAGCGAGAUCUCCGAGCUCCGGCGCACCGUGCAGGCCUUGGAGAUCGAGCUGCAGUCCCAGCUCAGCAUGAAAGCAUCCCUGGAAGGUAGCCUGGCUGAGACAGAGAACCGCUACUGCGUGCAGCUGGCCCAGAUCCAGGGGCUGAUCGGCAGCGUGGAGGAGCAGCUGGCCCAGCUGCGCUGCGAGAUGGAGCAGCAGAACCAGGAGUACAAGAUCCUGCUGGACGUGAAGACGCGGCUGGAGCAGGAGAUCGCCACCUACCGCCGCCUGCUGGAGGGCGAGGAUGCCCAUCUUGCAGAAGGACACAGUGGGGAACUGGGGGCUGAGCCAGGGUUUCUCGGCCCCCACCCCACCUCGGAGUGUCUGUCUCCUGCAGCCGUGACCACACGCCAGGUGCGCACCAUUGUGGAAGAGGUCCAGGAUGGCAAGGUCAUCUCCUCCCGUGAGCAGGUCCACCAGACCACCCGCUGAGAACUCUGCUCCUCCUGGCCAGCCCCCCAGGCUCCCCCACUGACCCUGUAGCCUCUGGAUUCCCCAGCCUCAACUCCUGGCUUAGUCCCUUUUCCAUAACCCCUUGCCUGACCAAUAAAG